AUGUCUAAGGCUUCGGAAAACAACCCAAAAGAACUGAGAGAGUCGAACUGGUCGUUUAUCAAUUGGGUUGCACGGUCCGAGUGGAUUGCGAAAGGAAAGCCUUACGAAGAGCACGAAGAAGUGUUAACGUUUUUGAACCAAGAGAAACGUGAAAAUGGCUUACUACUUGAUUUACAU